CUUCUCCGAAAAUAAUCUGUAUAAAAGUCAGGCCCAGAUUAGGGAAAAGUAUCAGUAAACAUUUGGUUUCAGCCUUGUACAACUGUCCCAAUCUCAAAAUGUUCAAGCUUAUCGUUCUGUGCGCAGCUGUCUGCCUUGUCACCGCUGUUGUGGAGGUUGAGAGGCGCUCCGAGGAAGUGCGCGCUGAUGGCUUCGAUGCUGAAGUUUCCCUGAACGACGGAUCUGCUCGCCAAGAGAGCGGUGAUGUGCACGGCAACAUCAAGGGCAGCUUCGAAUGGAUCUCCCCCGAAGGCGAACACGUCAGGUUGGAAUAUGUUGCCGAUGAGAACGGUUACCAACCCAAGGGUUCCGUGCUGCCCACUCCUCCCCCAAUCCCUGAAGCCAUCGUCAGGGCUCUUAAGUGGAUCGAAACUAACCCCCCCAAGGAGUAUUAGAGCUAUGAAUUGAGAUACUGAUACUGAAUUGAUCGUACAAAUGGACCACUCUCUCUGGAAACUGAAAACUCGAUAUCAAGCAAUUAUGAUUAAGAUUAGAGUAUGCAGCAAAGAAUGAACUAUGAAAAUAUAUGCAGCGAACUGCUAAAAGCUUAUUCAAA